AUGCAUUUAGCCGAUUUUAAGCUUUGUAGCAAGGAGCAAUUGAAUUCAUCCUAUGACGAACCGCCAACAGACAACGAUAGCCAGCAUUUUCCAUCAGGCUUAAACAUUUCCACAUUUGAAUACCAUGAAUGCAAAUUUUCUGAAAUGAAUCCACCUCCAAUCCCUCCUCACAACGUUGUCUACAAAGCCAAUGACUGCCCCUCGCAGACUAUUCUUCCACCUAAACCUCCAGAAAGAAAAGAAUCUCUCCGAAAACUUAGUGACGAAGUGAUUUCAAAAUCCCGUUUCAGUGCUAACCUCGAGGAUGUGCGGACAAUGAAUGCAGCAAUGACUGAUUUUACGACCAAAUUUGAACGCUUCUCGUUUACUGACAUCUGA